GGUUCAGCCCAGGAACGGCUCGAGCUCCUCUCCUCUGAAUCCUUGGCUCGCCUACUCCUCUAACGCUCCUCCCGUUCUUGCAGUCGCUGGGAACGUUGUUGCUAGUAAAGUUUUCGGUUUUAAAGCUGUGCAGAUCGGGCCGAGCCCAGCCUCCGUCCCUUUGCUCGUUGCCCGCAGCCGCACUUGGCUACAGGCAACGAGCUCCAGGACGUCAUGGCCAGGGGCCGCUGCGGCUGGGCCGAUGUGAGGCGGCCUUUCGCUGCCUAUGCGCUCUCGUGGCCUCUGGGCCCGCUGGUGCCCGCCUCGGCCUGAGCGCAGCCCCUCUACGCCGCGGACCCCUAGUGCCGGACCUCAUGGCCUCGGAGGCGCCAUCCCCCCCGCCGUCGCCUUCCUCGUCGCUCUCGCCGCCUACCUCCCCCGAGCCUGAGCUGGCCCAGCUGAGGCGAAAGGUGGAGAAAUUGGAACGCGAGCUGCGAAGCUGCAAGCGGCAAGUACGAGAGAUCGAGAGGCUGCUGCAUCACACAGAGCGGCUGUACCAAAGCGCCGAGAGCAACAACCAGGAGCUCCGCACGCAGGUGGAAGAGCUCAGUAAAAUACUCCAUUGUGGGAGAAACGAAGAUAAGUCUGAUGUAGAAGUACAAACAGAGAACCAAACUCCUUGGUCAAUCUCAGAUUAUUAUUACCAGACAUACUAUAAGGAUGUUAGUCUUCCAAAUAAAGCAGCUGAACUCUCAAUUGAACAAGGUCAGGAUAUAGAAGCUUCUACUUUUAAUUCUAAAGAACAGUCAGAAACAGAAAACGAUGCUUACACUGGCAUUGGUAUAAUAGAAGAUGAUAAAUGUGGACAAGAGGACCAUUUUGCUUCAAACUCGCAGGAGCCAGCAUCUGCAGUAGCAAUUGAAGAUACGUCCUUAGAAGGCUCAUCAUUAGCAGAAAGUUUGAGAGCUGCAGCAGAAGCUGCUGUAUCACAGACUGGAUUUAGUUAUGAUGAAAAUACUGGAUUAUAUUUUGACCAGAGCACUGGUUUCUAUUAUGAUUCUGAAAAUCAACUAUAUUAUGAUCCUUCCACUGGAAUUUAUUACUACUGUGAUGUGGAAAGUGGUCGAUACCAGUUUCAUUCCCGAGUAGAUUUGCAAUCUUAUCAGACUUCUAGCACGAAACAAAGUAAAGAUAAAAAAUUGAAGAAGAAAAGAAAGGAUCCAGAUUCUUCUACAACAAAUGAAGAAAAGGAUUUGAAUUCAGAAGAUCAGAAAACAUCCAUUGUUGAGCAUCUAAGCUGCAAUGUGGGCGAUUUUGCAAAUGUGAAAAAGAAAGCCAAGAUAGACAUUCAUUAUAGAAAUAGUCCCCCAAAGUUCACUGGAAAUGCUAUAGAAUCUCCUCAUAAUGAAAAUAUCUAUAAUUCAACUUCAUUUAAAGUUGAAAAAAUCACAGACACUGAUAGUGAGCCAGAGGAAGGUGAAAUUACAGACUCUCAGACCGAGGACAGUUAUGAUGAAGACAUUACCAGUGGAGACAAUGUAAUAGCAGAAGAUACUGAGGAUGAAGGUGAUGAAGAAAAAAUUUGGCCACCGUGUAUUAGAGUAAUUGUUAUUAGAUCACCAGUACUGCAGACAGGAUCACUUUUUAUCAUUACAGCUGUAAACCCUGCUACAAUUGGAAGAGAAAAAGAUAUGGAACACACUCUCCGAAUUCCUGAAUUUGGUGUCAGUAAGUUUCAUGCAGAAAUUUAUUUUGACCAUGACUUACAAAGUUAUGUCCUCGUGGAUCAAGGCAGUCAAAAUGGCACGAUUGUCAAUGGAAAACAGAUUCUUCAGCCUAAAACUAAAUGUGACCCGUAUGUACUUGAGCAUGGAGAUGAAGUGAAAAUUGGAGAAACUGUGUUAUCCUUUCACAUUCACCCUGGCAGUGAUACCUGUGAUGGUUGUGAACCGGGUCAGGUUAGAGCUCACCUUCGCCUUGAUAAGAAAGAUGAAUCUUUCGCUGGUCCAGCACUAAGUAAGGAAGAAAAAGAAUUGGAAAGAAGAAAAGAAUUAAAGAAAAUACGAGUCAAAUAUGGUUUACAGAAUACAGACUAUGAAGAUGAAAAGGCAUUGAAGAAUCCAAAAUAUAAAGAUAGAGCUGGAAAACGUAGGGAACAGAUGGGAAGUGAAGGAACUUUCCAAAGAGAUGAUGCUCCUGCAUCUGUGCAUUCUGAAAUCACUGAUAGUAACAAAGGCCGGAAGAUGUUGGAGAAGAUGGGUUGGAAAAAAGGAGAGGGCCUAGGUAAAGAUGGUGGAGGAAUGAAAACUCCGAUCCAGCUUCAUCUUCGACGAACACAUGCAGGCUUGGGGACAGGAAAACCAUCCUCAAUUGAAGAUGUUCACUUUCUUCAAAACAAGAGCAAAAAGAACUGGGACAAAGCACGAGAGAGGUUUGCUGAAAAUUUCCCAGAAACUAAACCUCAAAAAGAUGCACCAGGGACCAUGCCUUGGGUAAAAGGGACUAUAGAAUGAAGAUCAGUAAUAGAACAAAAAUUCAGACUUUUAAAAAGAGUUAGGAAACUCUUGUUUUAUUGCAGAACUUUUCUUUUCAGAAGAGUCAGUGGCACAAGGAAACUGUGUCACAGUUUACUCCCUCAGGAUUCAGAGAUGUGUCAUAAAGUGUGUUUUAGUUAUUUUGGUAAAACUUUGCAGCUUCCAAAAACCAUUUUUUAAACUAAUAAAUAGUGACUGAAUCAAGUUAUGCUGUGAGUGGACUAAAGUUCACAGAGCACAGAUGAGCUUA